AUAUUCUCCUUAUGUUUUUUCCCUUCUUGUGUUCUCUGUUUACCCAAAAAAAACACACAAAUUCUAAUUGGGCUCAUUAACCCUUUGUCUCACUAGGGUUUAUGGGUCAGUGCCUAAAUUUCCCACUUCACUCUCUCUGAUUUCCUUGCAUUUUCUUGCCCCUCUUGAGGUACUCUCUAUCUCACUCUCAAAAUAAGUACUUUUCUCCUGUUUAUGCUAUCAAUUUGUUAAAAUCCUGCUUCAUGCAACGGGAAUCAUCACUUUUUUGUGUGUGUUCAGAUUCUGGGAACUUGUGAGUAUGAUUUUCAGUGAUAGUUUUGAGAUAUGGGUUUUCUAAUUAGGGUAUUUGGGUAUGAUUACGAAGUUGUAAAUGACCUUUAUAUGUGUUUUAUUCGUUAAAUUGUAGUAAUGUUAUUAAUUGCACGCAGUUUUAAGGUUGAAACUUUGAUUUUUUUGUAGAAAAUUGGGGUUGGGAUUUUUCUGGGUUUGGGUGUUAUAGAUAUGAUAAAACAGAUACUUGGUAAAAUACCUCGCAAGCCUUCAAAAUCAUCACAAAGUGAUUCGAACGGUGAUGGAGGGGUGGUCAAUGGUGGUUCGUCAUUAAACUCAUCUUAUGGGCUCAAUUCCAAUGGCUCCUUGAAAUCCAAUUCAACUUCUUCAAAAUCUUCAAAUUCUGGAUCGCAUACUGGGAAUGGGACUCUUGCACCAUUCUCAACUAGUUCAAGUAAAACGAACCAAGCUAAGAAAUCAGCUCCUGCAAUUGCAUCCCAAGUUGUUCCCAUGAUGGCUCCAGGAGUUUAUGAGGCUUUGCCGAGUUUCCGGGAUGUUCCUAGCUCGGAAAAGCCGAAUCUUUUUAUCAGGAAGUUAAGUAUGUGUUGUGUUGUAUUUGAUUUUAAUGAUCCUGCCAAGCAUCUCAAAGAGAAGGACAUCAAGAGGCAAACUUUGCUUGAGCUUGUUGAUUAUGUUUCAUCUGUGAAUUCGAAGUUCAAUGAAGUAACAAUGCAGGAGAUCACGAAGAUGGUUGCUGCUAAUUUAUUUCGAACUCUACCUUCUUGUAAUCAUGAUGGUAAGGUUGCAGAAACAUAUGAGCUUGAAGAAGAGGAACCCACUUUGGAACCAGCAUGGAGUCAUCUGCAGAUUGUGUAUGAAAUUCUCUACAGGUUUGUGGCUUCAUCAGAGACAGACGGUAAGCUUGCUAAAAGAUACAUUGAUCAUUCAUUUGUGCUGAGGCUGCUUGACCUCUUUAAGUCUGAGGACCAAAGAGAGAGGGAGUACUUGAAGACUAUUCUCCACCGUAUUUAUGGAAAGUUCAUGGUACAUCGGCCAUUCAUUAGAAAAGCUAUCAACAAUAUCUUUUACCGGUUCAUAUAUGAGACAGAGAAACACAAUGGAAUUGCAGAGUUGCUGGAGAUAUUGGGAAGCAUAAUUAAUGGAUUUGCUUUGCCUUUGAAGGAAGAGCAUAAACUGUUUCUUGUCCGUGCACUGGUCCCCCUUCACAAGCCGAAGUGUGUCUCUAUGUAUCAUCAACAGCUUUCUUAUUGUAUUUUACAGUUCGUUGAAAAAGAUGUCAAGCUAGCUGAUACUGUGAUUAGAGGCCUUUUGAAAUAUUGGCCAUUAACUAAUAGUUCAAAGGAGGUAAUGUUCCUUGGUGAAUUGGAGGAAGUUAUAGAAGCAACUCAAGCAGCAGAAUUUCAGCGAUGUGUGGUCCCUUUGUUUCGUCAAAUUGGUAGAUGUCUCAACAGUUUACACUUUCAGGUAGCUGAACGGGCAUUGUUUCUGUGGAACAAUGAUCAUAUUAGAAAUUUGAUCAUACAAAACUGCAAAGUGAUCCUACCUAUAAUCUUCCCUGCUUUGGAGAAAAAUAUGCAGGGGCACUGGAACCAAGCUGUCCAGAGUUUGACCUUGAAUGUGAGAAAAAUAUUCUCGGACGCUGAUCCGGCACUUUUUGAUGAGUGCUUCAUGAAAUUCCAAGAAGAUGAAAUCAAGAAGCAAGAGAAGCAGGAUAAGCGUGCAUCGACCUGGAAGAAAUUGGAAGAUGUGGCUGCAUCUAAGGCUGUAUGCAAUGAAGCUGUCCUUGCCUCAAGGUUUGUGUCCUCUGUUGCUAUCACUAUUAGUGCUAAUCAACUAACAACUGCAGGUGGUUGAGGCCAAAUUAUAAGUCUGGAUUCCAUGACAAGAAACUAAAGUGAAUGUAUAGAUCUGGCACGCCUAACUUGCUGCAAGAAAUUAGAGGGUGAGGUUUUUUUGGACAUGUGGUUGCUCUUGGUUUCUGGGCAUUUUGGCUUGUCCUUUGAGCUCUUUGGCUUUGGGGCUUUUCAACCAAGAGGUGUAUAUCAGUAUAUGUGAUAUAAGGGAUCUAGUUUAUAAUGGGCAGUGCUUGUUUAGAUUUCCAAUGAUUAGGAUUGUGCAGUGAUACAAAUGCAAUCCUUUCCUUUUGCUAUCCAUCGUUCUGUACUUUUAACAUUUGUAAUUUCUAUUGUUUUCAGCCUUCUGCUGCAAAAGAUCUCAAGCCAUGUUGAUAAUAUGUACUUUCUUCUGUCAGUUGUUACUUUCCUAUAUUCACUGACCU